AAACACCCUGAUUAAAUGACUUGCUUGUGUUCUUUCAGGUCCUAUGAGCACGCAGUUCUGGCCUGUGGCACGGAUUUCCGCUCCGACCGUCUGUGGGAGGCUUACAUCGCCUGGGAGACGGAGCAGGGCAAGCUGGCCAACGUCACAGCCGUCUACGACCGCAUCCUCUGCAUUCCCACCCAGCUGUACUCGCAGCAUUUCCAGAAGUUCAAAGAGCACGUCCAGAGCAACAACCCCAAGCACUUCCUGUCUGAGGAGGAGUUCGUGCAGCUGAGAGUGGAGCUGGCUAACGCUAACAAGCCUAGCGGAGACGACGCUCCGGGCGAAGAGCUUCCGCCGGGGACGGAGGACCUGCCGGAUCCUGCCAAGGUAAGAGCGCCGUCUUUCAUCCGCGGGCUUCAAAACAUGGCAGAGGUAGGGUAAGGGCGUCUGAUCCUGGACACGUGUGCAGGUUUGAAGAGGUGUCUUUCCGUUAGCAGCCAAUGAAAACCUGAGGGUCCAGG